ACAUCCAUAUUUGGCCACACCUCAGGUCUCAGUCAUCUCUGAAGCUAAAUGAUCUGGGUGGAGUGUGACAUCAGGCCUGGGUAACUGAAAAGGAAGCAUCCGAGUCAUCGCUUGAGAAAGAUAACGUGUACCUCCGGUUCUAACCUGUUCAUCAUAACUAUUUAUUCGGCAUUUGAGUUUCGUCCGUUUCUACAGAAGUCUGACGUAUGGAUGGAAAUACUAACUUCCACACACUGGCUUCAUGAGGUUUCAAAGACAACAGCUGGUUCUACAUGGAGAAAAAAACUUCAUUGAAAUGGGCUUUAUGCAUUACAAUCAUCUUUGUAUUCAUGACUGUUGUGUGGAUGAAUCACAAACAGUAUUUCAGCUCAAGUCCAUAUGUACGUGAAGAGAUAAUUAAAGAUUAUCAUGAAAUCCCAAAAUAUUCAAAACAGAAAAGUAUAACCCCAAUUAAGAACUCAAAACAUUUAAUGGUUUCUGCCUUCAAAGACCACAGAAUAAAUGGAAGAACUCGGAUUAUCAGCAUCUUAAACAGAGACCAGCUGCAGCCACUGUUUUGCAUUUUUCAAUGUGGAAAAAAUAAUGAUGUCACGCCAGCAGAAAUAGAUAUGCACAGUGACCAUUUUGGAUUUCGCUAUGUGACUACUGAUGUGUUGUGUAAAAAUGUACCAAACUGCAACGCCACACACGUCACACUCUCUCUGAAGCCAGACAUGCUGUACAACCUCACAGACUUCCUACCAAUACAGAACCAGAUACAGGAAGAGGAAGCAUUUCCAUAUGAAUUUACCAUUUGCAUCUCCAACCUGUUUGGAAGCUAUAACAAUGUUCUGCAGUUUGUACAGACUAUGGAAGUGUACAAGCUCCUGGGCAUUCAGAGAGUGGUGAUCUACAACACCAGCUGUGGUCCAGACCUUGAAAAGGUGCUGCAUUACUACAGUGAGGAGGGUAUACUGGAAAUCGUAGAAUGGCCUAUAGACCAAUUCCUCAUCCCCUCCAGAGGCUGGAACUUCAAAGAGCACGGGGGGGACAUGCAUUACUAUGGUCAACUGACCACUCUUAAUGAGUGCAUCUACAGAAACAUGUACAGGUCCAAGUAUGUGCUGCUGAAUGACAUUGACGAGAUCAUCAUGCCUUACCAACACGCAAACCUACAUCUGCUCCUGGAGGACCUCCAACACAAACACCCAGAUGUGGGCAUUUUCAUCAUUGAGAACCACAUCUUCCCUAAAACCCAGUUUGACAACAGCGGCCGGUUCAACCGCACAGAGUGGAAGAAGGUGCCAGGAAUCAACAUCCUGGAACAUGUUUACAGAGAGCCUGACAGGAAGAACGUUUUUAACCCAACCAAGAUACUUGCCAACCCCAGACAGGUGGUGCAGACGUCUGUGCACUCAGUCCUAAAAAAUUAUGGACAGACCUUUAGGGUACCGCCAGAUGUGUGCAGGAUCGUGCAUGUUCGAGUGCCCCUACAAGGAAGCCUCGCAAAGGAACAACUGUUUGUGGACAAAAAGCUUUGGGAAUUUGAAAAGCCUCUCCUGCCAAAUGUUGAUAAUGUAUUGAACAAAUCUGGGAUCUUGAAUUGAAGUGACAACAGGGUUUUAGAUUGAUGAUCUGCAAAUGUGAAGACAGUUUUAAUUCUCUGUGCUUUUUAUAGUGAACAAAGAUUGUUCAAUAGAGGUGGGGUGAAUGAGAGGGCAUGAAACUUUGAAAUUUUGUAAUUUUGUCUGGGUGUUGCUACCUGAAUUCAUGCAGAAGUUCAUAGAUCGGAGUAUUUAUCUUGCACAACUGUAUCAGUUGUCCAUCAGCCCAUCCUUUUAUUCACAAAGGAUUCCUGGAGUCCUAUCUUGAGGCUGAGACUUUCACACCUACAGCGGAAUGGUAAACUCCUUGGUAAAAUCGCAGACGCGGACAAUGGACCAUUUUGGUGGUGGGGGUUACUGGUAUUUCUACUCUUGGUUUUUUAUAAAAAGCUUUACAUGAACUGCAGACAAUCUUUUAAAUAAGCUAUCUUCCUAUUCUUGUUCAUUUUUUGAACUAUGUGCUGGUAUCACAUUGCACUAAACUGUUCUGGCAGAAAAAGAAUAACAUACAAAUCCUA